UGCCAAGAUCUGGGACUUCAAACAUUUUCAGAAAAGAGGAGAAGAGACAUCGACAGCCAAAGAUGUAUACAAAAUGUUUUACUGUAAUUAUGGUGGUAGCUUUUGCAGUAAUUGUAGCCUUGGUGUGUGUGCUGCUGCUAGGUUCUAAAACAAAGACUUGUAACUUUGAAAGUCUGAAUCCUCCUCUAAUGAAACACGAUGACCAGAGCUUGGUAUUUGCAGAUUUGACACCUCAUGAAAUUACAGAAGUGGUAGAUUACCUGAAUAGGAACCUCAAGGUGAAUUUAGUGAGCAUCUCCAAAGCUAAUCCUGAUUCCAACAGCAUAUAUUCAGUGCAAUUGCAACUUCCCAAGAAACAAGAUGUUUUGCUAUAUUUAGAUCACGGCAAACCAAAACCUCCAAGAGAGGCUUUAGUGGUUGUUUAUUUUGGAAACAAUAAGGAUCCUGAAAUUAAAGAAUUUGUGGUGGGACCUCUCCCCAACCCAACUAACUUUAAAGAUGUUACUCAAGAGAAAUACAAAAACAAACUUCCUUAUUACCGUCGGCCAGUAAUAGGCAAUGAGUAUGGUCAGGUGCACACCUAUAUGUUGAAAAAGGAGUUUCCAAAUGCACCAACGUUCCUAAAGGACAUUUUAAAUUAUGAUUACUCAGAUGCUAAAUUUUUAUCUGCUUUGACUUCAGCCCCUCGAGGAUAUAAAUCUGGAGACAGAAGUACCUGGUAUGGUCUUUUCUUUAACAUACCAGGCAGUGGUUACUAUGUGCAUCCAAUAGGAUUGGAAGUUUUGAUGAAUCAUAAAAACCUUAAUGUCAGUAAAUGGAGUGUAGAGCAAAUUUUUUAUAAUGGGCAAUUCUUUAAAAACUUUGCUGAAUUAGAGGGCAAAUACUUAAAAGGUGAAGUAAAAAUUGUAAAAAUGAGAAAGCCUGGCCCUGAAGAAAAUAUUGCUUCUCUAAAACCCCCGAAAAGUACUGUGACUGAUAUACCCAUGCAAUAUGAGCCUAAAGGUCCACGUUACAGUGUAAAAAACAACCAGGUUUUAUACCAGCACUGGAGUUUAGCUUUUGGAGUCAAUGUAAAUUCAGGUCUUAGGUUAUUUGAUAUUAAAUUCAAGGGAGAGAGAAUAGUGUAUGAACUGAGUAUCCAAGAAGCCAUUUCAAUAUAUGGUUCCAAUUCCCCAGCAGGGAUGUUAACAAGAUACAUGGAUAGCAACUUUGGGAUCGGCCGCUUUGUCUUUCAGCUUGUGCGUGGCAUUGACUGUCCAUACUUUGCUACCUAUAUAGACACCUAUCACAUGCUUGACUCGGAUACCUGGGUACAAAACAAAGACUCCAUUUGCGUCUUUGAACUCAACUCUGGCCUUCCUUUGAGGCGUCAUUUCUCAAGCUUAGAAUCAUUUUAUUAUGGGGGCUUGGCCAACACUGUUCUGGUUAUAAGAGCCAUUUCUACUCUAGGAAACUAUGAUUAUGUGUUUGAUUUCAUAUUUUAUCAAAAUGGUGCUAUUGAGACCAAAGUCCAUGCAACAGGCUAUAUCAGCUCAUCUUUCUAUAUGGAAGGGGGAACAGAUUAUGGAAAUAGAGUGGGACCACAUACGUUGGGGACCAUCCAUACCCACUUUAUCAAUUACAAAGUGGACCUGGAUGUUGGAGGAACCAAUAACUCACUGGUUGCUCAUGAUAUGGAGUUUGAGCCCUUUACUGUUCCAUGGAAUCCAGAAAUGCAAAUACAAAGGACAAAGCUCACCAGGAAAACGUUGGACUCUGAAAAUGAGGCAGCUUUUGAGUUACAUUCCAGCAUGCCUCGAUACAUGCAAUUUGCUAGCAAUAAGAAGAACAAAUGGGGCCAUGAGAGGUCCUACAGAAUCCAGAUGGUCAGCUUUGCUGGGGACUUUCUGCCAGAGGCCAGUUCAGUUCACAACUCAAUGAACUGGGCCAAGUACAAGCUGGCAGUCACAAAGCGCAAAGAUGAGGAGCCUCAAAGUAGCAGCAUCUACAACCAAAAUGACCCCUGGUCCCCAACUGUCAAAUUUUCUAGCUUCAUCGAUAAUGAAAGUAUCAAAGAUCAGGAUCUGGUAGCCUGGAUAACAGCUGGGUUCCUGCACAUCCCCCAUUCAGAAGAUAUUCCCAACACGGUUACUGCAGGAAAUGGAGUGGGCUUUUACCUUAGACCCUAUAAUUACUUCAAUGAAGACCCUUCAGUUCACUCUCAUGAUGCUGUUUAUUUCCAGCCCCACGAUAAAUACAACUCAUGUAGUGUUAACCCAUUGGCAUGCCUGGCUAACACUGCCUCAUGUUCCCCCGAUAUACCUCCAUUUACCUAUAAUGGAUUUGACAACCAUCUUAUAGAUAUUUGAUAGAUUUGACUCUUCUCUGCAAUAUGAAUUGUGCACUUUCUAAAGGGACAGUAAAGUCAAAUGUAAUCUUUCAGAUAGAACAUGCAGUUUUUAACAACUUUCCUAUUAUCUAAUGUGCUUAAAGUGUCAGUAAACAUUAAAAAUAAUGUUAUAUAAUCCUGCACAUAGUGCAGAA